GUUUGAUAAACUGUAAUUAUCGCACCGCCCGUAUCUGAAACAAAAGAAAACGGAAAACGAUAACCCGCUCCAUUUCUGGAGCAUGAUCGACAUCGUCUAUUGCCCAACCUUCCAUUUUCGCGCUGACCUCAAGACCACCAUUUCUUACUUUCUUCCAAUUCUGUAAAUGAAAUCCCUAAUUUUAUUUUAUUCAAUUUUGUGAAUCGCCGAUUUUCGCAUGGGCUGAACCAUUAAACUCAACCUGUUAGGGUUCCAAAGACCUGAAAAUUUCCCAAUCUUUAUCCUCAUAAAUGGCUUCGACAAGGUCUCCGAACCGCUCCUCAUCGUCUUUGGACAUCGUUGAUACGACGCCGUUGCUCAACAAUUCGAGUGGGUCCGGCGACGAGACCAACCCGAGCCGUCGAUUCGUUCAGCGGCAGAGCCUGCGCCAGGCAGCAAGGUUUCUACGGCAAGCCAGCAGCAGCCACGGGAUGGUACGCGAGCCGUCGAUGCUGGUACGCGAGGCCGCUGCGGAGCAACUGGAGGAGCGGCAGAGCGACUGGGCGUAUUCGAAGCCCGUGGUGGUCCUCGACAUUAUCUGGAACUUCGCUUUCGUUGUGGUCGCUGCCACUGUCCUGGUACUGAGCCGGAACGAGUCUCCGAGCAUGCCGCUUAGGCUCUGGAUGGUGGGCUACGCCCUCCAAUGCGUGUUACACAUGGUUUGCGUCUGUGUUGAAUAUCGGAGGCGGAGGAGGAGACGGCGGGGCGGGGUACCGACGUCUGAUUCAGUGGAAGACAGCGGAAAUUUGAGCCUUGAGUCGAGAGAGGUCGGGCAGCACGUGGCACCGGUGGAGCAUUUGGAUGAGGAGGGCGCCGGCAGUGUUGCAAAGCAUCUGGAAUCUGCAAAUACAAUGUUUUCAUUUAUAUGGUGGAUCAUUGGAUUCUACUGGGUAUCUGCCGAUGGUCAAGCUUUAGCACGUGGCUCUCCUCAGCUGUAUUGGCUAUGCAUAAUUUUCUUGGGUUUUGACGUGUUCUUUGUCGUUUUCUGUGUUGCACUGGCAUGUGUUAUUGGUAUUGCUGUCUGCUGCUGUCUUCCAUGUAUCAUAGCACUUUUAUAUGCUGUGGCAGACCAGGAAGGUGCAACAAAAGAAGACAUUGAGCAGCUCUCAAAAUACAAAUUCCGAAAGAUUGGAGAUAAUGAGAAACUUGCUGGUGAUGUACAAGGACCUCAUGGAGGAAUAAUGACAGAAUGUAGCACCGAUUCUCCCACUGAACAUGUUCUCUCCCAGGAGGAUGCGGAGUGCUGCAUCUGCCUUUCUACUUACGAUGAUGGGGUUGAACUUAGAGAACUUCCUUGUAGUCAUCAUUUCCACUGUGCCUGCGUAGAUAAGUGGCUAUACAUCAAUGCGACCUGUCCUCUCUGCAAGUACAAUAUAUUGAAGAGUAGCAGCCAUGCUCAAGAGGAAGUAUAAUGAUAUCAUGCAUGGCAUGCUGGCCGGCCUUGCCAAGCGCUAGCUCGGGGCGUAUCUUGAUGUGCAGUGUGUCAAUAGACUAAAUACAAGCAUUUUACUGCCGUUGCGGUUAUUAAUAUUGUUUUGUUGUCCGUAUUAGCUGUAGCUGUAGUUUUUACUUUGUUGAUGUCGUUGCGGUGGUGGCAACAGUGCAGCUUUCUCUGUCCCUUGUCUUGUCUACAAGGUUGUUGCCCGGUGGGGAUCGCGGCUUUAGUUUUGUCU